AUGGUGCGGGCGGGCGGGAAGCGAGCCGCGGCGAGGCCGUGCUGGCGGGGCGGGGGCUCGUGCACGGCCUGUCGCUGUCACCGGUCCCUGUCACAACAACAACAGCGCGGGCUCGGGCAGGCGGACUUCCGGCUCGCCCGUAUCCCCCGAGCAACGCGCGCCCCCGCCGCGUCCGCCGGGGAUCGCGGCGGAGGCUGUGGCAUCCGGCGCAGGAGCCCACGGCCGGUGGUGAGGGCCGAAACCGUCAGCCCCGCCACACCGCGCAAUGCCGGAGCGCUCCGGGACCGCGCACGGGCUCGGCCGGCCGCGCAGCUGCCCCGGUUAGUGCCCCGGCAUGCCCCCGACCGCGCGGCCCCCUCCCGCCGCCGCGCUGAUCACCCGCCUCACCGCGGCCCGCGGGCCCCAGGGCGGCGCUGUGCGCUCAUUGGCUGCACGCCCCGGCCCUCGGCGCUGAUUGGCGCGGCUUCCCAGUCCAGUCCGCGCUGGGUGCGCGGCUUGAGCGGAGCGCUCGCCAUGGUGGCGAUUGGAGCUGUGCUCAGCACCCAGCGCUCUACGACGCGCUACCGGGCCGGGCUCUGCUCUGCUGCGGCACUGGCAGCGCCACUCGACCCCACGCGGCUCGGCGGGCCCGCUCGCCCUGAAAUCUCGGUGCUGUCUCUGCCCUCAGGUUUCUGGCUGAAGCAGAGCACGUACCUGGAGCAGCCCACUGUGCGGUUCCGGUACGAGGUUCUCCUCGUCGCCACCAUCGGGCCCAGCCCGGGCAGCUUCUUGGCGUGGAGCACGUUCCCAGCGUUCAACAGGCUGCAGGAGGACCGGCUCCGAGUCCCGCUCCUGGCGACUAGAGAAGAAGACAAAAAUCAAGAUGGCAAAAUGGAUCAGUUGCAUUUUGAAUUGGAACUUCCACUCCAACCUACAGAGCAUGUAUUUGGCAUUCAGCUGAUUCUACUCUUUUCCUACCAGCUUUAUAGAAUGUCAACAUUUGUGAUGCAGAGCAUGGCUUUUCUUCAGUUUUUUUCUCCUGUGCCAGGGUCUCGGCUCUAUAUGAAUGGAGACCUGAAACUGAACCAGAGGCAAUUACUUAACCAUUGUGGACUGGAUACCAGAUACAAUGUGUCUGUGGUCAAUGGCACAAGUCCUUUUGCAAGUGACUAUGAUCUAACAAACAUCAUUGCAGCAUACUGGGAUAGAAAUGUGACAACAGUCUUUUCAGAUCCCAGCCCUGUUUGGAUGACAGGAAGAGCAACAGAUACACCAUUUAUCAUUAAUGCCACUAUUCAUUAUCCAGUGGAAGUUAUUUUAUAUCAGCCAGGAUUCUGGGAAAUUAUUAAAUUUGCCUGGAUCCAGUAUGUCAGCAUCCUCCUUAUCUUUCUUUGGGUGUUUGGUAGGAUUAAGAUGUUUUUGUUCCAGAAUCAGGUGUUGACUACAAUUCCAGUAUCAUCAGUUCUGCCAGUGUCUCCAGUACUAUCCUACAAACAGCACCAGUCCUGAGGAGAUGCCUGAGAACACUUUAACGAAAUGCAGUUCAAAAAUAGUCAGCUGCUUUUAUUCUCUAUUCACUUUUUACUUUGGAAGAUCAGAAUUUUGUAAGUAUGUUUCAAGUAUGCUCUCUUUGUGCUUCCUUUUUAAACACAUGUUCAUUCAUCUAAUUUUUCUGGGAACACUGCUUUGGAACUGAAAAUUUUAAAUUUUUUGACAACUAAGAGUUAAAGAAGAGCUUAGUUAUUUUUUUUUUUGCAACUGGACCACGCUUUAAAAGCCAGUAGGAAGCAAUGAGUCUGCUUUUGCAUUAUCUUAAUUUUGCUACACCUUGAAGACUGAAAAUAAUAUGCUAAAAGUAACAAUAUAAACUGUUUUUACUGUCUUGUGAAUUAAUUCACUUCUGACUUAGAGUUCUGUCCAGAGCUGUUUGUACAUGCAUUUAUGUACACUAUGAAAUGAAACAAAAUAUGAGGAAUGUGAAAAAAUGUAUGGAUGAGUUAAGGUCAGAGACACUCCUGUCACAGUACAGCCACAGUUAUGUGGCUAUACAUGCUCAGCAAUUUAGUUAUUAAAUUGGAUGAUGGAUAAA